AUGCCACUUACUCCCGACAGUGACCUCGACCUCCUUUUCCCCGCUUCUUUUAUUUCUGCAGAAGUAAAAUCACAGCUCCACGAAUCAUUGCACAUUCGACCAUUAGCAGCGACAGACCACGCCCGAGGGCAUCUCGCUGUACUCUCAGUUCUAACGGUUGCAACUGACCAUGGGGAAGCAGCCUGGCAAGCCCAGUUUCAAGCUCUCCGCAACGCACCGAACACAUACUAUGCCCUCGUAAUCGUCGACAAGGCCUCCGACCGAAUCGUUGGGGCUGGGACCCUUUUUGUAGAGCGCAAAUUCCUUCGUGGGCUGGGUAGCGUCGGUCACAUUGAAGACAUUGCCGUCGACAAGGCACAGCAGGGGAAGAAACUCGGCUUGCGAAUCAUCCAAGCCCUUACCCACAUCAGUGAGGCCAGCGGAUGCUACAAGACUAUUCUCAACUGUAGUGAUGCCAACAUUCCUUUCUACCAAAAAUGCGGAUUCGAGAAGAAGGAGAAUGAGAUGGCAAAAUACGCUCCUGUCCAAUCUCCAAGACUGUAA